GCUGAUCUCAGGAUAAGGUGCAGAAAGGUGCUAGAGGAAUCACCUGGAAUCCCCUCGACCUCACUCUAAACAUCAGAGAGUAGAACUGUAGAAGCCCCACAGCAUUCAAAAUGCGCUGGUGUAAAUAUGUAAAGGUCAUCUUGGUUUUGUUAAGUGCCACCAUCUUUACUGUGACCAUACAUAAAGUUCCUUAUGGACAUUUGAAAGAUUUGGUGAACAAUAGCGUGGUGGAGCGGCUCCUUCAUGAAGAACCAUGUGCCUGUAUGGAGCGCUGUUUGGCUGCGAGUGAUGACGAGUUGUUUGCUGAACAUUUCAGAAAAGAUGUCCCACCAGUGCUCUCUCUCAAUAACAGCGUCCUCCCUGACCACGUCUUUAAGUGGUGGCAGUCUCUACAAUCUUCAAGGAGCAAAACUAAUUACUCCCAAGUGAUUAAGGAGCUGUUUUCUGUCAUUCCUGGAGAGGAACGGUACAGAGAUGCCGGCCCGUCCCGCUGUCGAACCUGUGCUGUGGUGGGGAACUCUGGGAACCUUUUAGGAUCAUACUAUGGUCCUGUUAUAGACAACCACGAUUUUGUGUUCAGGAUGAAUAAGGCACCAGUUCAAGGCUAUGAGAAAGACGUGGGAUCCAGGACGACCCAUCAUAUCAUGUACCCAGAAAGUGCCACCCAUCUGGACAACAACACACACCUGGUGCUGUUGCCCUUCAAAACACUAGAUAUCCAGUGGGUCACCAGUGCUCUAACUGAUGGAUCUAUCAAACGGUGA